AUGACGAGUACUCAGAAAGAUGACCCCUUUUACGACAGUGAUGACGAACUUCCAUCUUUGGAUGCGCUCCUGGCACGUAUUUCUGGCCGCAUACAACAGCCGCUCUCGCAAUCAAAGCCUAUAUCGAAGCCCAACCCGAAAAACACCAUCUUCAUUGACCUUGAAGAUGAUGAUAGCAGCGUGGAAAAUCAGACUACCGACAAAGAAGAUUUCAUCUACUGCCUGAGCGAUGCAGAACCCGAGAAGGCCAUCCCGACCUUGGGAAAGGGAGAAGCACAGAAGAGAUGGCAGUCGACGUCGGAGAGGUUUGGUGAUGAUGAUCCACGGGGGGGAGAGAAAAGGCCCUCUCGGCCUCUGGGUCGAUCUUCAAGCACCCAAAAAUCCAAACCGCAAGAAGUCGAUAUUCGAUCGCGCAAGACCACCAAAUCUAAGAACAAUAUACCCUCUAGGAUCGAGUCGCAGGUAUCAAUAAAGCAGCCUCGAGACACUUCGGAAACGAGCGAUGGCGCCUCCCAAAACACAACCUCAAAUGCUAGCGGCCAAGCAUCAAGAUUGCCUCAGUCACAGACUAGCACGUCCGAACGAUCUCGUUACAGGAGUCAAGAGGGACCAUUAACACAACCUCCUCGUAGCGUAUCACCAAGCCGGAGUCGAACCAUAAAAUCGAGUCGUCAGCCCGAGCUGCCCAAGCAUAAAGAGGGCAAAGAUAUCGUUCGGCCAUUAUCGGAGCUUCAGCUUCAUUUUCAGGAUGGGCUCGAUGCUAAUACUCUGAAUUUUCCUACCAUGCCUCCCACAAAGAGCAAACAAAAGAAGCCGGUCUCUCCUCAUGGAGACUUUCACCCCGAAGAGGCAUCUCAGGAGCCAAUUAUUGAUACUGUUCGGCUUGAGGAGUCUGAUCAUGAAUGGAAUGAACUAGGAAUGAAUCGUAAGACCAAAACUUCUAGUCGAUUAACAGCUCUAAAAUCGCCGUCAAAACGACAGACGAAGAAGUCGUUUGACGCCAUAAAAUCUCAGCUGGCAGUAGACUUCCUCCAGCAGCUCGAUGCUCAAAUCACUCACGGCAGGGUUGGAGAAUUGACUCAAUCAACCGGGGGAGUCAAGAUUGUGUGGAGCAAUACUCUCAAAACAACCGCUGGUCGAGCAAACUGGAAGCGGGAAACUGUCAUCCCCAAACAUACAGGCGACAGCGCCAAGGCGGACGUGAAGCAAUAUCGGCAUCAUUCUUCCAUUGAGCUUUCCGAGAAAGUGAUUGACGAUGAGCUGCGCUUACUGAAUGUCAUAGCACAUGAAUUCUGCCACUUGGCAAAUUUCAUGAUCAAUGGUAUUACAGACAAUCCUCAUGGGAAGGAAUUCAAGGUAUGGGCAGCGAAGUGCACCCAAUUGUUUGGUUCACAAGGCAUCAAAGUCACCACGAAACAUUCAUACGAGAUCGAUUUCAAAUACGUGUGGACUUGCACAGCAUGUGGCUGCGAGUAUAAGCGUCACUCUAAAAGCAUUGAUCCCAAGAGGCAUCGAUGCGGCGCUUGUAAGGCUUCACUUGAGCAGACGAAACCAAUACCACGCCAGACGCCAACGGGUCAAUUAAGCGAGUACCAAUUAUUUGUCAAGGAACAAAUGAAGGUUGUGAAAACCGAGAAUCCAAACAGCCCACAGAAAGAAAUCAUGGGGAUAAUCGCAGAGAGAUGGACCAAGGUGAAGAGCAGAGAUGUAUAG